AUGUCGUUAAAGAAACACCUGGGGGCAUCUGACCUCGAUAUACUCAAUGAACCCGACUGGACGCGGACGCAUAGUCAUCGCGUCGGGACCCGUGGCCGUGAUGCCCGGUUCAUGGGUAUGACCCAUGGAGGGGACGAAUAUUACGAGGAGCUCGAGGAAGUCGAUGAAAAGAUCCAGGAGCUUCGUGAUAAGGUGAACAGGGGGGAACUGGUUACCGAUUUCCAUUUGGAACGGCCAGAAGUGCAUCCUGAUUACUGGAGAUAUGUUCUGCAUACCACUGAAAGUUUCAUCAAGCUGGAACAGCCCUGGCCUGUGAAUCAGAAGAAAGCCAAGGAAAGAGAAAAAGAAGAGGCCGAUAAAGCAGAACAGGAGAAACAGCAAAAAGAAAAGGAUAGUAGCCAGGGAGAAGGUGAACAGGAGAAAAAGUCGAAGCCAAAGCCCACGCUGGAAGAAGAGACGCUUUUACAAUUCCUGCAACAUGAACAACAAUAUCGGUCAUCCAUGGGGAGAAACGAUGGCAAGGGAAACUGUCCGAUUCAAGACGAGAUACUUCCUUCGCGAGUUGACGAGGUAGACCAAUUUACUCCGGAUAAUUGGAUUCCACGUAACGACAAAUUGAUUCGCCUGACAGGGAAGCAUCCGAUGAAUGCAGAAUCUGAUCUGACUACUCUCUUUGAGGCUGGCCUUAUCACUCCUUCACCGGUUCAUUAUGUCCGCAACCAUGGAACCGUCCCACAUCUGCUAUGGGAAAAUCAUGAAGUCGAAGUGGUCGCUGACCAGCGCCUAGUCUACACGAUGGACAAUCUAAAGGAUUCCUUCGAGAGUAUUAACAUACCCGUCUUUUUGGCCUGUGAUGGAAGCCGUAGGAAGGAACUGAAUAUGAUCAAGAAAACUCGAGCCUUUAAUUUCACUGCUGCAUCAGCGAGCUGCUCUUAUUGGAAGGGAGUCCUCCUUCGCGACGUUCUCUUAGAGGCAGGAGUUGACAAUCUUGUGAAGAAAAACCCCGACAAGAGAUUAUGGGUCAACUACGAGGGAGCAGACGAGCUUAGUGAAGGGAAGUAUGCAACUUGUGUCCCACUUGAAUAUGCCAUGGAUCCUAUCAACGAUGUGAUGCUUGCCUAUGAAAUGAACGAUCAUCCCUUACCACCGGACCAUGGGUAUCCCCUGCGAUUAAUACUCCCUGGUUGGGUGGGAGCACGAUCUAUCAAGUGGCUGGCCAAAAUUUGGGUGACUGAACAUGAAAAUGAUAGCCACUAUCAUAUAUAUGACAAUAGACAGCUCCCGAGUUUUAUCACCGAUACAGAAUCGGAGAUUGCGCAGACAAUGUACCGCCAUCCAAGUACCAUCUGCAACGAGCAGAUGUUGAACUCUAUCAUCGUGAGGCCGGCUCAGGGUGAAAAAAUUGACUUGGUUGAUGUUAAAAAGGGCAAGAUGUAUAGGAUUAUGGGAUUUGCCUAUAGUGGAAGCGGGGAUGAGAUUGACAGAGUAGAAAUUAGUUUGAACGGCGGGGAGACUUGGCUUUACUGUUCCCGCAGAUACCCUGACAAGCCAAUUCGGCAUGGCAAGAAAUUCUGGACCUGGUUGCACUGGCACAUCGACCUGGACAUUACCAGACUUAUUCGUGCGCAGAGCGUCUUAGUUCGUGCGUUUGAUUCCCACAAGAACACGCAACCUCGAAAGCCAGUGUGGAACAUUGGAGGAAUGAUGAACAACUGCUGGUAUGAAGUAAGGCCGGAGGUUUUUGAUAACCAAGAGGACGAGGAAGCAUACCUUCUCUUCCGUCACCCGGUUGACGCAGCCAGUGGGACGAAUGGUUGGAUGAAACCAUCUACCGAGGAAAGAAUUGAAGAAAUCAAACGCAAUGCAUUUUCUCCUGAGAAACAGUUUACCAGACAGGAGAUUGAGAAGCAUCAUACGGAGGAUGACUGUUGGAUAGUUGUCAAUGGAAAUGUGUAUGAUGCUACGCAUGUUCUCAGCUGGCAUCCCGGCGGUAAGGGUGCUAUCAUGGCGCAUGCUGGGAUUGUGCAUUGGGAUACAACAGAGGAGUUUAGCAGUAUCCACGACAAUUAUGCCCAAGAUAAGCUCAAAGAAUGUAUCAUAGGAAAGGUCACGCAGAAAGCGAUGGAUCAUAUGAUGAAAGAAGCCGAGCAAAAGAAGAAAGAACGAUUGCAGUCAGAAGGGAAGGACUCCAAAGCCGCCCUAGCUAAACACAAGUGGACUCAAGCGAAACUCCUCGUAAAAAAGCGUCUCUCCAAGGAUACUAGCCGAUACACGUUCAAGCUCCCGGCCUCAGCUAAGGAGCUCGGCUUAGAAACUGGUCAGCAUGUCCUGACAUAUCUCCCAAAUGAAGACCAGCCAGGUGGUACUAUGAGUAACAUCCUAGACUGUCUUCGUGAUAAUGAAGAAAUCGAAGUUAAAGGUCCGUCGGGCGAUAUACAAUACCGCGGUAACGGGUGUUUCACUGUUGACAACAAGGAGUAUAAAUUCGACAACGUCUCCCUUAUAUUGGGUGGAUCUGGCGUCACUCCUGGUUACCAGGUCAUCGCGCGAGUUUUACAAGACAACAACGACAAGACAAAGAUCAAAGUCAUCGAUGCAAACAAGACGGAAGGGGAUAUUCUGCUGCGAGGAGAUCUCGAUGAGUUUUCCCUCAAACAUAAAGACCGGUUCGAGAUUGUGCAUGUGCUGUCCAAUCCUAGCGACGACUGGCAAGGGCCCAAAGGUCACGUAAAUGAAGAAAUCAUCCGGAAACAUGCAUUCGAACCGGGUAAGAAGAACGUUGCUCUGCUCUGUGGCCCACCAGCGAUGAUCCAGAAAGCCGUGUUGCCUGCUUUGACGAACUGGGGGUAUGAGGAAGACGAGAAUCUGUUCGGAUUCUAG